GCUGCCGGGGCCCCGUCUUCCCGUCGGCCCCCGCGGGAAGGCCCUAGGUCUCCCCCGCUCAUUCCCCCGGUCGGGGCCGCAGGUGUGAUGGUCGGCUCCCACGCAGACAUGGCACCCGCCUCUACCGCUGAGGGGCCUGGGGAGAAGCCCGGCCCCACAGCCCCCACCCCGGCGGCCCAGUAUGAGUGUGGGGAGUGUGGCAAGUCGUUCCGGUGGUCAUCUCGGCUCCUCCACCACCAGCGUACGCACACGGGCGAGCGGCCCUACAAGUGCCCCGACUGCCCCAAGGCCUUCAAGGGCUCGUCUGCCCUGCUCUACCACCAGCGGGGCCACACGGGCGAGCGGCCCUACCAGUGCCCCGACUGCCCCAAGGCCUUCAAGCGCUCCUCGCUACUGCAGAUACACCGCAGUGUGCACACCGGCCUGCGGGCCUUCACAUGCGGCCAGUGCGGCCUGGCCUUCAAGUGGUCUUCCCACUAUCAGUACCACCUGCGGCAGCACACGGGCGAGCGGCCCUACCCGUGUCCCGACUGCCCCAAGGCGUUCAAGAACUCGUCCAGCCUGCGGCGCCACCGGCACGUGCACACGGGCGAGCGGCCCUACACCUGCGGCGUGUGCGGCAAGAGCUUUACCCAGAGCACCAACCUGCGGCAGCACCAGCGCGUGCACACGGGCGAGCGGCCCUUCCGCUGCCCGCUCUGCCCCAAGACCUUCACGCACUCGUCCAACCUGCUGCUGCACCAGCGCACGCACGGCUCCGCGGCUGCCGCCGCCCCCGCCCCCUCUGCCGCCGCUGCUCCUGCCCCGCCACAGCACGAGCCUGGCGCCAAGGUCUUGGUGUCGGACGCCUACCUGCACGCGCCCGCGCCGCCGCCGCCGCCCGCGCCUCCGCCCGUGGUGCCGGAGCUCUUUCUGGCUGCUGCGGAGACCACGGUGGAGCUGGUGUACCGCUGCGAGGGCUGCGAGCUGGGCUUCGGCAGCGAGGAGCUGCUCCUGGAGCACCAGCCCUGUCCCGGGCCCGAAGCCGCCACCCCGCCCCAGGACGGGCACGGCACCACAGCGCCCAAGGCAGACCCCGCCCCACCGCCCUCCCAGUCCCCGCCGGCCCCCGCGCCGCAGCCCCCUCCUGCCUCCGCAGCCCCCGGCUUCGCCUGCCUCCCAUGUGGGAAGUCCUUCCGGACGGUGGCCGGCCUCUCCCGCCACCAGCACAGCCAUGGCGCGGCCGGUGGCCAGGCGUUCCGCUGUGGCAGCUGCGACGGCGCCUUCCCACAGCUGGCCAGCCUCCUGGCGCACCAGCAGUGCCACGUGGAAGAGGCGGCUGCCGGGCGCCCGCCCCCCCAGGCGGAGGCCGCCGAGGUCACCUGUCCCCAGGAGCCCCUGGCCCCAGCCGUCCCCACCCCGCCCACCGCCGUCCCCGCGCCGGCGCCCGCCCCCGCGGGCACCGAGCGGCCCUACAAAUGCGCAGAGUGUGGCAAGGCUUUCAAGGGCUCCUCGGGGCUGCGCUACCACCUGCGGGACCACACGGGCGAGCGGCCCUAUCAGUGCGGCGAGUGCGGCAAGGCCUUCAAGCGCUCCUCGUUGCUGGCCAUCCACCAGCGCGUGCACACGGGCCUGCGGGCCUUCACGUGUGGCCAGUGCGGCCUCACGUUCAAGUGGUCCUCGCACUACCAGUACCACCUGCGGCUGCACUCGGGUGAGCGGCCCUACGCCUGCGGGGAGUGUGGCAAGGCCUUCCGGAACACGUCGUGCCUGCGGCGCCACCGGCACGUGCACACGGGAGAGCGGCCCCACGCCUGCGGCGUGUGCGGCAAGAGCUUCGCGCAGACCUCCAACCUGCGGCAGCACCAGCGCGUGCACACGGGCGAGCGGCCCUUCCGCUGCCCGCUCUGCCCCAAGACCUUCACGCACUCGUCCAACCUGCUGCUGCACCAGCGCACGCACUCCGCCGAGCGCCCCUUUGCCUGCCCUGUGUGCGGCCGCAGCUUUGUCAUGGCGGCCUACCUGCAGCGGCACCUGAGGACGCACGCCCCCGCGCCCACGGCGGCCGCCGGCCCCGCAGCCCCCGCCGCCAGCUCCCAGCCCCCCGCCCCGCUGGCUGCCGCCCCAGCCGCGUCUGCCACCCAAGACGUCCACGUUCUCCCACACCUCCAGGCCACGCUCUCCCUCGAGGUGGCAGGGGGCCAGGCUCCGGCCCCGCUCCCAGGCCAGGCAGCCCCCAACUCCCAGACUUUUCUCCUGGUGCAGACCGCCCAGGGCCUGCAACUCAUCCCCAGCAGCGUCCAGCCCCCCACGCCACCGCCCCCACCGGCUCCCCCCAAGCUCAUCCUGCUGCCCUCGUCCAGUCCUGGUGCCGGGAGCAGCCGCGGUAGGCACGGCCCACGGGCAGCAGGAAAAUCCGGUCAGGCGCCUGGAGUAGUAUGGCUGCCAGGUCCCGGGGGACUGGGGGUUCAGGGCGGGGGCAACGCAGGGGCCAGCGGGGGAGGGCAGAGCCUCAUCGUUCUACAGAAUGUAGGGGGUGGGGAGGCAGGGGCCCAGGAAGUGAGUGGGGUCCAGCUCCAGCCCCUUCGGCCAGGCCCGGAAGUGACCACGGUCCAGCUCCAGCCAGCCCAGGAGGUGACCACGGUCCAGCUCCAGCCGGCUCAGGAGGUGACCACGGUCCAGCUCCAGCCUGUGGCAGGCCAGCUCUCCAAUCCCAGUGGGGGAGCAGUGACCACUGAGGCCCCCAACCUGCUGGUGGUUCAGAGUGGUACAGCGGAGGAGCUGCUGGCGGACCCUGGCCCCGGGGAGCCCGGUGAUGGUGACACCAGUACUGGCGUCGUCCAGGAUGUGCUCUUCGAGACGCUGCAGACAGACGAGGGGUUGCAGAGCGUCCUGGUGCUGAGCGGGGCAGAUGGCGAGCAGACCCAGCUAUGUGUGCAGGAGGUAGAGACCCUCCCCACUGGGCUGGCAGAGCCUCCUGCCCCAGGCCCACCGGGACAGAAACUGCUCAUCAUCCGCAGCACACCGGCCACGGAGCUGCUGGAGAACAGCCCUGGUGGGGGAGGCGCUCCCACACUGCAGCUGCUGACCCCUCCACCUCCCGGCCAAGCCUCUGGUCCAGUGGGCAUCUCCACGGCACCCACCUCCCAGAUGGUCCAAGUGGUACCCACUGGCGCUGCCCCCGGAGGCAUGCCCCCACAGGGCCUGCCUUCUAUCCAGAUUGUCCAGACUCUGCCCGCAGUCCAGUUGGUGCACACAUUUUGAAAAGAACCACUGGGUUCUUGAGGGCCCCACACAGAGACCUGGACUACCUGCUUGGGCUGGACUGGGCUGGGCUGCGCAGCGGGGCAGGGAAGCUGCGGGCUGCGCUUGCUAAUAAAGACCGGAAUCUCCUC